CUGUUCUUCAUCUUCGCUCUAUCGUUUGUCGCUGACUUGGGCGGUUCCCUGGUCGACACCCCCGAGGUGCGGCUGCUUGAGAUGGCUAUCUGCAGAGACUACUACCUCGAGCAUGACCCGUCCGUCAUUGGCCCGCUGCCGCGCUCCUACGUGGACGAAAGGCUCUGCAAGCUCAACGAGAUUCAAGUUGAUUUGGCCUACAUGAGGGCUGUCAAGUCGUUGUUGAUGACCGUGCCCGGUCUGAUACUUACCAUUCCAUAUGGUCACCUUGCCGACAGAAUUGGCCGCAAGCCUGUGGCGUUCCUGGGCAUGCUGGGCCAGGUCACGGCGUACUUCUGGGUCAUCCUCGUCUGCUAUUUCCACCAGACUUUCCCCACCCACCUCGUUCUGCUCUCGCCAGUCUUCCUCGCCGUCGGUGGUGGAUCCCGGGUGCUAUUCGCCAUCAUGGCCACCGUCAUCGCCGAUGUGGCUCCUGAGAAUAUGAGAACCACAAUAUUUUAUCUUGUUGGUGCGGGCCUCUUAGCAACCGACAUUAUAGCGGCCCCCGUUGGAUCGUGGCUCCUAUCCAAGGACCUUUGGCUACCAUUCAAAUUCAGUGCUCCCAUCAUCUGCCUCUCAUUUCCUCUGAUACUUGCAAUGCCAGAGACU